AGACAGGUUGAAAACAGCUCAGUUUCUUUUUCCGUGUGCCGGUGUGUCGUGACGGAUCUGUUGGUUUCAGCUCGCUGGAGAAGUUCACACAUGCUCAGGCUCUCGGAGCCGCACCUUCCUGCAGACUCCAUCCGCACGAUCAUUGCACGGUGGACUUUAGAGCAACAGGGAGGCAAGAAGACCAGAGACGGAGUGAGGGGAAUAUUUUUUGUUCUCACCAAGAGCUGUUUUUCUCACACUGCCUCUCCAUCUAUCAUCCCAUCUGCUCUAGCACUUCUGCCAAAGCUGUUUUGUAACCAGAAACGGUCUGGACAACAUUGAGUGACACUUUUUUCCUCAAGAUUUCAGAAGAUUUCAGGAAAAAAAAAAUCAUUUUUCUUUCUCUUUAUUUUUUCUAUCAACCAACAACUAUGAUUCAUUUGUGUUUAAAUAGUAGUCCCACUUAAAUUUAAAGUUCCGCCAAUCCAGCAGCGUCAGCCUCAUCCAACUCUAGUAUGAGUUAUGAGAGCUCCACGUCAUCGCCCAGCAGCAGCACUCGGUGCAGAGCGACCGCGGCCGACAAGACGGACCAAGAAUCGGAGUCACACGGGUUAAACGCCCAGAAGACGAGCACCGAUGUCGGCGCUCAGGAGCAGGGAAGCGAGGCCGGAGGAGCCUCCUCGCAGGACGAAGGGUCCAGGUCCGGAGGACUCUCCGGAGACCAAAGGGGACCAAGCUCAGACGACAUGGACGGAGUGUCCAGCGGGAACGACUCCGGGGAGAGGGAAAGCGAAGGCGGGAUGCGGAGGGAAAACCGGUCUCGCGGACACCAGUCCACGAUCAGCUCCCACAGUCACGGCUCAUCGAACGGCAAAGACUCUGGUAUGAUGCUGGAGAGCAAGAGUUCCAACUCUCAGAGUCUCUCCCCUCCCGGCGGCUCCCUGGCCUACAGCCUGCUGUCCACCAGCUCGGAGCACGACCCCCCCUCCACCUCCGGCUGCAGCAGCGACCAGUCCGCCCGCCAGCAGACGCAGAAGGAGCUCAUGAAGGCCAUCAAGGAGCUGAAGGGCCGUCUGCCCCCGGAGCGCAAGGGCAAGGGCCGCUCCAGCACUCUGACCGCGCUGAAAUACGCGCUUCAGUGUGUCCGACAAGUCCGAGCCAAUAAAGAGUACUAUCACCAGUGGAGCGUGGAGGAGUGUCAUGGCUGCAGCCUGGACUUAUCCGCCUUCACAGUUGAAGAGCUGGACAAUAUCACUUCUGAGUACACCCUCAAAAACACUGACACAUUCUCCAUGGCCGUGUCGUUUUUGUCCGGGAAGGUCGUGUACGUAUCACCCCAGGGUUCGUCCCUGCUGCGCUGCAAGCCCGAGUGUCUCCAGGGAACGCUGUUUUCCGACAUCCUGGCUCCACAAGACGUCAGCACCUUCUACAGCAGCACGGCGCCGUGCCGCCUGCCGUCCUGGGCCUCCUGCAUCGGCUCAGCCGCUCCUCCCGUCGACUGCACGCAGGAGAAGUCCAUGUUCUGUCGCAUCAGCGCUAACCGAGCUCACGGUGGUGAGAUGAAGUACUACCCGUUCCGCCUUACUCCCUACCAGCUCACCCUCCGGGACUCUGACGGGGCAGAGCCCCAGCCCUGCUGCCUGCUCAUCGCUGAGAGGGUCCACUCCGGAUAUGAAGCUCCUCGUAUCCCUACAGACAAGAGGAUCUUCACCACCAGCCACACUCCCAGCUGCCUCUUCCAAGAAGUUGAUGAGAGGGCGGUGCCACUGUUGGGCUACCUGCCCCAGGACCUGGUGGGAACCCCCAUCCUUCUCUCCAUCCACCCGGAGGACCGGGCCAUGAUGGUGGCCAUUCAUGAGAAGAUCUUUCAGUUUGCCGGCCAGCCGUUUGAGUAUUCUCCUCUGCGGAUGUGCGCCCGCAACGGGGAGUACCUGACCAUCGACACCAGCUGGUCGUCCUUCGUCAACCCCUGGAGCAGGAAGGUGGCGUUCGUGGUCGGCCGGCACAAAGUCAGAACGAGCCCUCUGAACGAAGACGUGUUCACCAUGCCGCCGGGCUUCGAGAGCCGGGUCACCACGCCCGACGUGGUCCAGCUGAGCGAGCAGAUCCACCGGGUGCUGGUGCAGCCGGUGCACAGCAGCAGCUCCCAGGGCUACAGCUCGCUGGGCUCCAGCGGCUCCCGGGGAUCCCACCGCUCGCACCAGCAGCACCUCAGUGCCUCGGCCGGCUCGUCCAGCGACAGCAACGGCCCCACCAUGGACGAAGCCAUCGCCGUGGUCGCAACACACAAACCUAUGACGUUCCAGCAGAUCUGCAAAGACGUCCACAUGGUCAAGACCAAUGGGCAGCAAGUUUUCAUCGAGUCCCGAAAUCGCCCAGCGCCCAGGAAAGCCCCCACCACCGUCGCCACAAGCAUCAGAGCAAUCAACAGUGAUCCCAUCAGAGGUUUGAUAGCCGACAUAACGCAACCUGCCAAAGCUGCGCUGCCUGCACCGCUUCUGCAGAAGGAGCCCACGACGGGAUACUCCUACCAGCAGAUCAACUGUCUGGACAGCAUCAUCAGGUACUUGGAGAGCUGUAACAUUCCUAAUACGGUCAAGAGGAAGUGCGGCUCCUGGACCGCCUCCUCCACGUCUGAUGACGACAAACCAGACGUCAACAGCAAAGGUGGUUCAGUUAACCUCGUAGGUGAACCACCUACUCUGCCUCCACUGACCAUGGCCGCGAAAGCAGAGAGUGUAGCCUCAGUUACAUCUCAGUGUAGCUUCAGCAGCACCAUCGUCCAUGUAGGAGACAAGAAACCUCCCGAGUCAGACAUUGUCAUGGAAGAGGCUCCGAUAAAUCCCAUUCUGGAUCCUCUUCUUCCUCUUCCUGCUGCUACGCCGACAGCUUUUACCUCCGCCCCGACUCUUCCAACGUGCAGUACAAGGCCUUCCAUCAGCGCCAUGGCCCCUCUGCUGCCGCCGCCUCCCCCACCUCCUCACGCCCAGACCGCUCAGCUGGAGCGAGACGGCCGGAGAGGAGGAGGCGCGGGCCGGCUGGGCCUGACCAAGGAGGUGCUGUCCGCCCACACGCAGCAGGAGGAGCAGGCCUUCCUCGACCGCUUCAAGGACCUGAGCAAGCUGCGCGUCUUCGACCAGACGGCCUCUUCCACCGUGCGCUGCCACACCCCCGCUGCUCUGUCACGAGGAGUUCACUGUUCUCGUGACUACCCAGCAGCAGGAAGUGGCCACCGACGAGGCCCCGGGGGCAAGAGACUGAAGCACCAGGAGUCUUCCGAGCAGCACAGCUCUCUGGGCCUCAGUACUCACCAAGACCCGAGAGCCAACCCGGCCCCCCUGCCCCUCAACAUGCCCCUCAACAUGCCCCUGGGAGCUCCGGCCACCUCCUCCUCCUGGCCCUCCGUCUGCUCCCAGGCCAGCAUUCCCUCCGCCCCGUUCGCCCCCGGCAUGUUCCCCAUGUACCCCGUCUACCCCCCACUGGCCCAGCCCCAGCCGGGCCUGCCCAACCCCAUGGUUCCCCCCAUGAUGCUCUUCCUGCCCAACUACAUGUUCCCCCAGGUGGGAGCCCCCAUGCCCCAGCCGGCCGCCGCCCCCGGACACUUCUACAACCCCAACUACAGUAACCUGGCACCCCCGCUGGCCCAGAUCCCCCCCGUCUCCAACCCCAUGCCCAUCCUGGGCACGGGCGCCCCCUCCCGCAGCAGCACCCCGCAGUCCUGCACCCGCGAGGGGGCCGAGUCCCCGCUCUUCCACUCCCGCUGCUCCUCCCCCCUCAACCUGCUGCAGCUGGAGGAGCCGCCCAGCAGCCGCUUAGAGGCCGGCGCUCUCGCUGCGUCUCAGCAGGCCGCGCCCGCCGCGCAGGGCGGGACCAGCGGACAGAACUCCAAUCAGAGGAGCUCUGACGACACCAAGCAGAAUGAGAAUGGUGAAGCCAACGACUGCAACCAGGAUGCCAUGUCCACGUCCAGUGACCUGCUGGACCUGCUGCUGCAGGAAGACUCCCGCUCCGGCACCGGCUCCGCUGCCUCCGGGUCGGGCUCCUCCGGCACCAGAUCCUCGGGCUCCGGCUCCGGCUCCAACGGCUGCAGCUCCUCUGGCACCAGCGGCACAAGUCAGUACACCAGCAGCAGCCAGGGCAGCCACACCAGCAAGUACUUCGGCAGCAUCGACUCCUCGGAGAACGACCACUCCCGUAAGCAGCCAGCAGGGGGCAGCAGCAGCGGAGAGGAGCAGUUCAUCAAGUGUGUCCUGCAGGAUCCCAUCUGGCUGCUGAUGGCCAACACCGACGACAAGGUCAUGAUGACCUAUCAGCUGCCCGUCAGGGACAUGGAGACAGUCCUGCGGGAAGACCGCGAGGCCCUGAGGAACCUGCAGAAACAUCAGCCCCGCUUCUCAGACGAGCAGAAGAAAGAGCUGAGCCAGGUCCACCCCUGGAUCCGGACAGGUCGCCUGCCCCGGGCCAUCAACAUCUCGGGCUGCGCCGGCUGCAAGUGCCCCCCCUCCGUGCCUCCCGCCGCCCCUUUCGACGUGGAGAUCCACGAGAUGGAGCUCUGCACGGCGCUCAAGACUCAGGAAGAGAGCGCCGCUAAAACCUGGGGAAACGUCACGGAGACCACCAUGGCCGACGCUCAGCCGGAAGACGAAGACGACGAGGAACAGGCGGAGGAGAAGGAAACAAACGCACAAGACAACCAGGGCAUGAGCUCAGAGGCCGCGGAAGGACAAACUGCAACCUGAACUUCAGAGACAAAACCUGAAAAUCACAACCUUUUCUGCUAAUCUGUAGAAAAACCUGCACCUUCCGCCACUCGUAACACAAGGUGUUAAAAAAGCGAGCGCCGCGGGGACGUUACGGUGCACCGGUCCAGAAAACCGCCGUGUAUGGUUUGACGGGUCAGACGGGACUUUGUCUGAUUCCGACCACAGCACAGACGGCAGGUUGUUGCGACUCCUACGAGAUGCCUUGGAAACCACCGGACACAGACACUCAGUUUUAGAGAGUGAUUUGAUUACUACUUUCUGUUUUAUUUCCUCCAUCUUUUGUUGUUCUCGUAAAUAUAUUUAUUUUACUUGUAAAGCAAUCAGAGAGGACUAUGAAUGUGUUUCUAAAAGACGCCUGAUGUGCCCGGCAACAGUUUCCUCCCUGUCCUUCUCGUCUCUAAGGGGUCCAUGCUCAGCUUUUGUGAAGAGGGAAGGGACUUUUGGAGGUUCCUGCUUCAAUUCCUGUAAAAAGAUACUUUUUUUUAAAUUUUGUUUUAUUUUUUGUCUUUUCAGUAAAUACUUAUCACUAUAGUGUAAAUAUACGAUAAAAAUCUGAUAGUUUUUGUUAACUUUUAUGUAUAUUUUUAUACCUUUUAUCCCCUGCAGAUGAAGAGAAUAAAAUAGACAAAAAGGAAAAUCUUUACUGUGUAUAAAAAGAAAAUUCAAAAAUAAGGAAAGAAAAAGGAAAAGUCUAGCUGAAAUCUUAUUUUUACAAAUUUGUGCCACCAAAAAAAAGGCAAUCACCAGAUGACAGUGACUGGACUGCGGUCAGUGUUCCAGUAGCGUUUACUGGGUGUUCACUGCAGCGCUGCCGCCACCAGGAGACUCCUCCGCUCAUCCCAGUCUCCUUCCAGAGCGGUAGUUAGUCUGGUUCAGACGGGAGAGCAGACGCUGCACCGCGACACGUUCCUCUGACCAGCACCCCCCCUGUGGUCGGCAGCCCGGGGCUGGGACGCCUCGGGGCUGGGCCUCCAGGAGAGGGACGGCUCUGCUGCUGCCCGGGUUCGCUCCUCAUUCUUAAGUGGGUUUUUAAAAAAAGGUGGACGCUGCUUUAUGGAAAUGGUUCCAAGAGUUUGUGUUAACCAUUUUCUCUUCCUCUAUACCUCUUUUUUUCCUUUCUGUGGCAUUGUUCUGGUCAUGUGAUAUCGUUUGCUUUAUGGCAUCAGUUUCUUAAUAUUUUUGUGAAGGUAUUUGUACAAACAGAUGACAAUAAAAUGGCUUCAAGGGCCUUUAAAAAUUAA